CACUCUUAGUCAAUUCUUUUGCUCCUUAAAAUGAGAAAGGAAGCAUAACAUUUGGUCUAAUAUUCUCUUGCAUGAGAAACAAAGGUUAUAAUUAGAAAACACAAAGUUCCCUGACAUGGCUCUCAUUCAUCUUCUAAAGAACUUCAGUCUUCUCUUCCUCAUUUCAGCAUCUCUCAUCUUAUCAACUUGUCUGGCAGGCCGACAGUACUCCAAGUUCGUCAAUGAGUUGGCUACAGAAGCUGAUGCAAUAUUUAACGAGAAACGAUCUCCUUCUGAUUUCUUGUUAGAACAGCAACCAUCUCGCCACAAUGAAGAGGACACAAUCCAUGAAAGGCUUCUCAAGGCUAACACCAAAGACUAUGGAAGCUAUGAUCCAUCACCAGCUUUUGUGAAGCCUCCUUUCAAACUCAUACCCAACUGAUGCUUUAGCCUUACAGAUUGGCAGUCUGAGUGGUAGUAUCUAAAUAAAGAAACAUCUAGCUCUUUCUAUAUUAUAUUAUAUGGCAUACAAAAAAAAAAAAAAAAAAAACCCUAAGUUUUGAACCCUCAUAUGUGUAAUAUAUAUAUAUAGUUUCUUUAUUAGAAGAAUGUGUGUCAAAUUUAGUUAUGUGGUAUGUGUAUACUAAUAGUGAACUACAUGAAGUGUAUUGUGUUCUGUCUAUCCGUAAUAUAAUAUAUAUAAUGAGGUUACAUUUAUCCA